AUGGGGACAGACCCAACUCAACCCUUUUUGGCCCAUAAUAGUAUUAUGUCAAAGUAUUCUACAUUCGGGGAUAUACGCACAGCACGCGAAGUGUUUGAUAAUAUGUUCAAGAGAAAUGUUGUGUCAUACAAUACAAUGAUUAGCGCUUAUAGUCGGAAUGGGAAUUUAUUAGAAGCUUGGAAGUUGUUUACUGAGAUGAGGAGUUGUGGAUAUGAACCAACUCAGUUUACAUUUGGUGGGCUUUUGGGUUGUGAGUCCUUGGAUAUUAUUCAAGGAUUUCAAUUGUAUGCAUUGGCUGAAAAAUUGGGCCUUUUUCACGUUGAUGCUUUCACAGGGACUGCAUUAUUGGGUUUACUUGGAAGGCAAGGAUACUUAGAUGAAGCUAUGCAGAUUUUUGAUGAAAUGCCUAAAAAGAACUUGGUGACUUUGAAUUGUAUGAUAUCCUUACUUGGACAGUAUGAAUGUAUUAAAGAGGCCAUGGUUAUUUUCAGGAAGUUAAUAAGAAGUGAAAUGGCUCCUUCUGAGAGCACUUUCUUGGGCCUAUUGUCCGGUUAUGUUGGGGAAAUUGAUUUAAUAUUAGGGGAACAAGUACAUGGGUUGGUAGUUAAAAAUGGACUUAAUUUUGCAGUUUCAGUGUGUAAUUCAUUGAUUAACAUGUAUGCAAGUUGCUCCGACAUCGUUAGGGCAGAGAAAAUGUUUGAGGAUGUUCCUGUUAAGGAUGUUGUGUCGUGGAAUACAAUAGUUGGUGCAAUGGCGAAGAGUGAAAGACCGGAUAAAGCAUUAGUUGUUUUCAGGAAAAUGUGUGCAAGUGGUGUCUUGCCUAAUGAUAUGACAUAUGUGAGUGCCCUAAACUGCUGCACUAGCCAGCAGUAUCGAUUUCUUGGGGAGUCCAUCCAUGCAAAAGUAAUCCAGAGAAAGUUUGAAUCUGAUGUAUAUAUUGGUAGUGCUUUACUCGACUUUUAUGUUAAAUGUGAUAAAUUGGAUGAUGCUCGUCUUUGCUUUGAUGAAAUAUCCGAGAAGAACGUGGUUUCUUGGAACACCUUGAUGCUGGGUUACUCGAGCAAAAGCUCUUCUCACGCUAUUUUGCUGCUUCAACAAAUGAUUAACUCAGGUUAUCGACCUACUGAGUUUUCAUUUUCUAUUGCUGUGAAAUCAUGUGCACUAUUUGAGGUGCUUCAGCUCCAUUCCUUGUCAAUAAAAAUGGGUUACAUUGAUAAUGCUUACGUCUCUAGCAGUCUCAUUUCUUCAUAUGCAAAAAAUAGUUCAGUUGAUGAUGCCCUAAGGUUUGCCACUACCUAUGAUAUGACACUUCCUGUUGUCGCGGCCAAUAUGAUUGCAAACAUUUAUAACAGGUGUGGGCAAUUUGAUAAGACUCAAGUGUUGUUUUCUGACCUUGAAAACCCGGAUACUAUAUCUUGGAAUAUUUUGAUUGCAGCCUGUUCUCGAAAUGGUGAUUACGAAGAAGUUUUUGAACUUUUUGGACACAUGCGGAUAGCUAGGAUCUCUCCGGAUAACUACACGUAUGUUAGCCUCUUUAGCGUGUGCACCAAGCUUUGUAACCUCGGUCUAGGUAGCUCACUUCAUGGCCUUAUUGUAAAGACUGAUUUUAAGCGUUGUGACACAUUUGUUCGCAAUAUCAUGAUUGAUAUGUAUGGAAAAUGUGGGAGUCUUGCAAGUUCAAUCAAGAUCUUCAAUGAAAUAACGACUAGAAAUGUGAUCUCAUGGACAGCCAUUGUUUCAGCCCUUGGACUGCACGGUUAUGCAUAUGAGGCAUUGGAGAAAUUCAAAGAGAUGGAUAUGACAGGGAUUAGACCUGAUAAGGUUGCUUUCAUAUCCGUGCUUUCAGCAUGUAGACACGUUGGGUUAGUGAAAGAGGGGAUGGAAUUGUUUGAGCAGAUGAAAGAGAAAUAUGGGGUAGAACCAGAGAUGGAUCACUAUCUUAUUGCAGUCGACUUGCUGGCUAGGUAUGGCUAUCUGAGAGAAGCCGAGCAGUUAAUCACUGGGAUGCCUUUCCCCCCAAAUGCUCUAAUAUGGCGCAUAUUUUUGGAAGGCUGCAAGAAAAAAAGAAGCAUAGACGACGCUCGCACUCUUGCUUCAUAA